AAAACCCUGGAGACUCGGUGGCGCCCCUUGCUGAGCAACCACAAGAACUGUACCAUCGCCAUCCACAUUGCUCACAGGGACUGGGAAGAUGACAGCUGGUGGCAGCUGCUGGUGGAGAGGCUGGGGAUGAGCCCUGCACAGGUCCGGGCCUUGCUUCAGGAAGGGGAGAGGUUCGGCCGAGGCGUGAUCGCUGGCCUCGUUGACAUCGGGGAAACUUUGCAGUGCCCGGACGACUUAGCCCCGGAGGAGGCUGUGGGGCUGGAAAAUCGAGCUGUACUGACCAACCUGACGCAGAAGUACCUGACGGUGAUUUCCAACCCGAGGUGGUUACUGCAGCCUCUCCCAAGGAAAGGGGGGAAGGACGUAUUCCAGGUAGACAUCCCAGAGCACCUGGUCCCUUUGGGGCCCAAGUUGUGACCAUCGUGAGCCCCCGGGAGGAGUGUCACCGAGAGGCCAGCUAAAUCGUGACCCGGUUCCUUUAUCAUGGUGCAGACGUAGAAAAUCAGCUUUGGUCUCAGUUGCCACUGCCCUG